AUUAAAAUUGUCACAAUAGCGUAUUUCAUUCAUGAGUAUAUACUCGCAAGGUGAAAUAAACACAGACGUUUCUGUUGAUUUCUGCUUAUAUGUACACUUCACAUAAGAUAAAAAAUUAGAAAUUAGAAAAUCAAAAAUACAAUUAACUGCGUUAACAUAGAAAGAAACUACCGCAAGGAAAGAAAAAUGUCGUUUGAUAAGGCUGCAUUAGAUAAAACUGCAAUUGAAAAUUUUCAGGAAUAUUUGAGAAUUCCUUCGGUUCAUCCGAAUGUUAAUUAUGAUCCUUGUGUAGCUUUUAUAUUUAAAUUGGCAAAAUCUUUGGAUUUGCCAGUGAAAAUGUAUGAACCAGUGCCAAAGAAACCAAUAGUAAUUAUAACAUGGAAAGGUCUCGAGCCUGAAUUGCCUUCAAUUUUUUUAAACGGUCAUAUGGAUGUCGUUCCUGUCUAUGCUGAAAAAUGGACAUAUCCACCUUUUGAUGCGCAUAUCGAUGAAAAAGGAGAUAUUUAUGGCCGCGGUAGUCAGGAUAUGAAAAAUGUUAGCAUUCAAUAUGUAGAAUCAAUAAGACGAUUAAAAUUAAAUGGCAUUCGUUUGAAACGAACAAUUCACAUUUCUUUUGCACCAGAAGAAGAAAUUGGUGGAAAAGAUGGUAUCGAGUCAUUUGUCAAAACGGAGGACUUUAAAAAAUUGAACGUUGGUUUUUGUAUAGAUGAGAGUGUUGCUUCUCCAUUAGAGUCAAUAUUUUUAUUUUACGAUGAAAGAUGUCAGUAUCAUGUUUGGAUUCAUUGUACUGGUAAAUCAGCACACGGCAGUAUGGCAAAUGAAAAUACAUCCGGUGAAAAAUUAUAUAAAAUUAUUGGUAAUUUUAUGAAAUUUCGUGAAAUUGAAAACAAUAAAUUAAAGACACUGAAUCUUAAACCUGGAGAAGUGUCGACAGUUAAUUUAACAAUGCUCAAGGGUGGUGUACAAAUAAAUGUUAUUCCCGAGGAAUUAUCAGUGGGUUUUGAUGUUCGUUUAGCUCCCGAUGUUGAUCAUGAGGAAUUUAGAAAAAUGAUAAAACAAUGGUGUGAAGAAGCAGGAGAUGGGGUUUAUUUUGAAAUAAUAGGUAAUAAACGUGUUGAAGGUACAAAAUUAGAUGAUACCAAUCCUUUUUGGUUAGCAUUUAAAAAAGCUUGCGAUGAUAAUAAAAUUAAAUUAGAGCCUAUUGUUUGUCCUGGAGCUACAGACGCUCGUUUUUUGCGUGAGUUGGGAAUUCCAGCAUUUGGAUUUACUCCAAUAAAUAAUUCACCAAUUCUCCUUCAUGAAAAUGAUGAGCGCCUCAAUAAAGAUAUAUUUCUUAAAGGUAUUGAAAUUCUGAUGAAAGUUAUAGUAGCGGUAUCAAAUGUUUAAUUGAUUUUCUUAAUAUAUUUAUAUAUAUAGAUCGAUAAAGAAAAUUUUCUUAUGGAAUGUAAAAGAAGUUUCACAUUUGCAAAAAAAUUAUUACUUUGUUUAUAAAAGUAAUUGUAAUAAAUUUCUAUGUUUAUAUUUAAUCAAAUUUUGGCAAUAAAAAAAAUUUUUAAAUAGCAAAA